AAAUAUCUCCGUGGCACGAUUCGUAUUGAAAACUUGUCAAAAUAUAUGUGCAUACACAUUCUCACUUAAGAAAAUCGUAACUUAUUUUCCUCAUCAUGGAUUAUGUAGAUUACCAAAUCAGAUGUUUUACUUUCAAGUUAACGUUAAUUUUUCGUUUGUUUCAGGAUUUGGCUUCUCCUUGGCCUUUCUACCCACGAUGACCAUGGUAGGGCGUUACUUCGAUAAGCGACGUACGCUUGCCAACGCCUUGGCGUGGUUGGGUGCGUGUACUGGCAACUUUGCCUUCCCGCCAUUCUUCCAGUUUCUGAUCGACUGCUACGGUUGGAGAGGCGCCCUGGUUGUGAUUAGCGGAAUAGCGCUGAACUGCUGCGUCUGUGGCGCUCUGCUCAAGCCGAUCAGACACCCUGCAGGCGACACUACUGUACGAUCAACCUACCAUCAAGGAGAAACUAUCACAGGGGAUAACGUGUACAGACCAGAAAAAGACGUCACUUACACAACAGCAUUGCCAAAGGCAUACGGCCGUUCUAAAAUGUCAGGUUUUACCCUUCUAAGGAAACGCCAGUUUGUACUAUAUCUCUUCUCGUUUGCUUUCCUAUAUUUCGGGUACUACGUACCGUUUGUACACUUGGUUCCACGCGCAGUAUAUCUAGGAGCCGGCGAAUACCAAGCCGCCUUUCUCAUCUCUAUCCUUUCCGUCGGAGACAUCAUCGGUCGGGUUGUCAUAGGGAUGGUUCCGGAAUUUCCCAAAUAUGGCAAGCUGCACAAGUACGUCAUGACGGCGAGCAUGCUGGGAGUUUGCUCGUUGCUGUGUCCGUUGGCUGUGACGUAUACCGCCAUGUUGGUGCACAGUGUAGUGUACGGGUUUGUGAACGGACUCAUCAUACCCUUGACGUUUGCCGUGGCCGCCGAUCUGGUCGGGACGGAACGGUUAGCCAGCGCCAUCGGGCUGCUGAUGAUGGCGGAGGGGAUCAGUGCCUCGGCGGGACCGCCUGUGGCAGGUGCUUUACAUGACCUGACCGGAAAUUACAACAUGUCGUUCCUGGCGGCCGGAAGUUCCAUGGUCUUAGCUGGGAUCAUCAUGAUUCCCGUCAUGCUUAGCAACAACAAGAAGGAACAGCCUCAGUUCAAUGCAGAACUCGUGAACAGCACAGAAAGGGAUGACGAUAGACUGGAAACGGUUUAUGAAAGACUAACGACACUCUGA